AUGAGGCUUGUGUGGGCUGCGUUUUGUGGAACUGCACUGCUGUUGCAGGUGAUAAGAACAGCCUCUCAGACUACAGGUGAUAUGCCGCGCGUGGACUGUUCACAGCUGAGCUCAUGUAAUGGCUGUAUCAGUGGAGAUCCCAGCCUCAAUCUGACACGCUGUGUCUGGAGGAGCUGCAGCAACGGCAAUAACACACAGUGUAUUUCUGAGACUGAAGACACCAUGGACUGCAUUGCGUUUAAUGACACUGCUAUGUGCUCAGGUAAAGAGAAUACCCACAGAAACACACACCCACCUCCAGAGUUCUCUCAGGCGACCUUUGACCUGUCCAGUUUCAUUGGGGGGAUUAUUCUGGUGCUGGCGUUGCAGUCAGGGGCAUUUUUUGCCAUGCGCUUCCUCAAGACCAAAGACAGCUCCUAUGAGACAAUGUAA